AGCCUUUCGCGAGCUCUUUUCGAGCACCCCGAGAAAGUGGUGCCCUUGUCUUGAGCCGCCCAUAAAACUGUCGUGGUUUCGGCUGCCCGAAACCUGACCGAAAAUUUUGUUUUGCCUUGAACUCUGCAACUCACUCGUGACUUCGAGUUCCUGCAAAUUUAGGUUUGGGGUUCCAUUUUUGUCCUAUUCUCCGUUAUUUUCUUUCCCUAAGGUAAGAACUACACUUCUCUGUUGAGUUCCCGUUUCAGAAGAUUUUCCGGAUUCUUGAUGGUUCGUCUGUUCUACUGCAAGUAUAUGGGUUUCUGUGAAGGUGGUCGAUACACUCAAAAAAUGGCUUGUACUGUGAUUCAUUCGUGGACCUUUUGUUCAUUGAUUGGGGCUUUCCUGGAUCUCUCUAUUGCUUUUUUCAUGCUUUGUGGAUCAGCGAUGGCCUUCUUCACUGCAAAAUUUAUGGGAAUAUUUGGUUUAUACUUUCCCUGCACCUGUAAUGGACUCUUUGGGGAUCCAAUGAACUCUGGUAAUGGCCAUUUCUGCAUCCAACGAGUACUCGUUGAGUUCCCUCCGAGAAAGUCUUCUUCUCUUCAGAUGUCUUUACAAAACAAGUUCCCCUAUGAUACAAUUUGGUUAAGAGAUAUUGGUCGAGAACAUGAUAAUUUAAAGAUAGGUAACACCAGUGAUGGGGCUCUAGGUUUGAAUCACAAGACGGAUGAUGAAUCAAGUAGUUCUGCUUCAGAAGCUCAAACGCUCAGAAGUUCCAUUGUUGAUGAGACUCGAGCUAAGAGUGAAUGGGAUAUGGUUGAAUUCAGAGCUUCUCCCUGUCAAGGGAGUGUGUCCCUCUCGAGUAAGGGGAAGGGAGUAUGGAACCCAAGGUCACGUUCAAGCCUUCAUCGUCGACGCAGAGCUUCUGGUGAUGCUAGGUCAUCAAUCAAACUAUCAUUGUCUCGGUCCUUUGGGGAAGGAGGUGAUCAUUCGCCGUUGAAUUCCAGUGAGCUAUCUAGAGAGAACCCUGUGGAAAGCUUCCAUCCAUCAUCACAUUUCAAAAUGAAUCAGUCGCAAUUUGCAGAUAGUGGGGAGGGUUCAGAUGGGAAUGCGAUGGUUGGAGAUAUGCAUGGUGUGUCAAAGGAACUUUUCAGUGAAGAUAAUAACACUAUAGAGGAGGAUACCUCUUUUGUAGAAGCACUAGUGGAGGGUUCAUUAGGAGAGCAAGGCCUCAUGGGUAAUGAGGCAGACACCAUAAGAAUUUUGGGCAAGGCUCUUGAGGAAGAACGUACUUCUCGCACUGCACUUUACAAUGAGCUAGAGAAAGAGAGAAGUGCGGCAGCAACUGCUGCUGAUGAAGCCAUGGCAAUGAUACUACGCCUCCAAGAAGAGAAGGCGGUGAUAGAAAUGGAGGCUCGGCAGUAUCAAAGGAUGAUUGAAGAGAAAGCUACAUAUGAUGAAGAAGAGAGGAGUGUUCUUAAAGAGAUCCUUGUGAGGCGCGAGAGAGAGAAACUUGUUUUGGAAAAGGAAGUUGAGGUAUAUCGCCAGAUGCUUUCUAGUGGGACAAAUGAACUGGCUGUAGAAUUUCUGGGUGAUGAAGCCAACGAAUUAGUGGGGAGAAGACUUUUUUCUCAUGAUUCAAUUGAUGACCCAAUCUUGAUUCUUCAACAGAUUGGUGACUCACUUUCUAGGAAGGAAAAAAUAGGUGAUAAUCAUCCCGCAGAGGAGAACACUAGCCAAAAUGGUGUUCAAAGAUCUGAAAGUAUUGCAAAUGAGGAUCCGUGUCCUCCAGAGUUCACAGAUGGGUUCAGUUUAGAAGUUCAUGAAAAGAGCAUGGUAUCGAUUGAUUGUAGCCAAUAUGUCUUCCCAAGUCAGCAUUCGCAAUCAGAAGAAAAAUUUGUGUUGUAUAAAUUAGACCGGCCUCAUGAAAAUUGUUUUCUUGAGAAUGCUUGUUUUCCAAUAAACAAAGAUACAGAGAAAAAUAAUGGAAACACGAGAGCUUGUUGUGAAGAUACCGAUGAAGGUGGUAUUAUGAAGCACAACAUUUCUUGCAAUUCUCUGGAUAACUGUAGGGAAGAAAUAGUUGGACAAGGCGAGGAUUCUCAGAAUCCUCAAAUUGACAAUGAAUCAAAGAUUCAUGAUGUGCAUGUCAUUACAAACGAAGUUCUGUUUUGCGAUGAGGGCAAAGGGGGAGAUGGUGAAUCCCAUUUGCUCAAUCCUAUUGUGGAUAUUAGUAAAGAAUUGCCUUUAGUUUGUACUUCUGGAUUCAGCAAGAAUGAUGGAUCGAGUGGUCAUUCAAGUAAGAGCCAAUGGGAGCCUGGCUUUAAUGUUUCCAGGAGCAGUUUGGAUUCAAUAAGAGAACUGCUUCCAUCGAAUGGAGCUUGUGGCAAUUCUUCAUUUCCCAAACUCCGAAGAAAUUCUAUGUCAGUUGUCGACAAUGAGAAACUGAAGAUUGAAAAUGAAGUUGGGUGGUUGACAGAGAAGUUGAAAGCAAUUGACGCAGGAAGAGAGAAGUUAAACAUCUCUUUAGAACACAGGGAAAGGGAGAAGUUUCAAUUGCGGCUUUUGGAGGAAAUAGCUCAUCAACUUCGUGCGAUUCGACACUUAACAGAACCCAAAAUUGGUGGGCGUCAGUCUUCUCUACCUCCCCUAUCUUCUAAGGAUAACUUGAAGAAACGCCGCUGCCGUAGCGUGUCAUGGGGAGUCCAUGAAAGUGUUUGAUCGGCAUUGACAUGUGUUAAGCUGAUAUUGCCUGGUGGAAGGACCCAAGACCUGCCUGAAGAUAUUCGAAGGCAUUCUUGUGAGAUGAUGGCUGUAUCAGAGGUUACCCUCUGGGGUUUGCAUGGUGUGUAUCCUGAAGCUUCUUGUGAUGUUUUUCUGGGUACACUUGCCUCCAAGGUUGUUUUUAGUUGGCAGUUCGGAUAUGAUUUUGUAAGUUGUAGCAGAGAGGAACUGCCUGUAUAUAAUGUUAUCUGCAUGUUUCCAACAUCGUGACUAUUUAAAUUCACUUUCACCUUUCACAAGUAGGCUCGACUCUGUAAAUAAUAAGGAUGUAUUCAAUACUCUGGUUUACACAAUGCUAUGUCAAUGAUCGGUAGUUUCUUUUUUUCUAA